AUGGAAGAGCAUAAAAAAGCCCUUUCCGAUUUACAAGCCACUCACCAAUCCAGCCAAAAAGAGCAAGCCCAACAAAUCCGAGAUUUAACUUUUAAAUUAGACCAACAGAAGAAUCAGCAUAACCAAGAUAUAAAAACUUUAUCCCUUCAAAAAUCCACCAUAGAAAUUAAUUUUAGCCAUUUUAAAGAAGAGCAAGCCCAGCAACUUACCUAUUUAAAAGAAUUAUUAAACUUACCUGCUCCUACCUUUGCUGAUUUAACUGAAAGAAUAAAGCCUUUUGUUCGGUUAGAAAAAGAAGCUAAUUUAUUAGCUCAGCAAGAAAAGCAAUUAAAUCAGCACCAGCAAUUAGCCCAGGAAAUCAAAGGAAUGGUGGAUAGCCCCGUAGACCUAAUUAAUUAUGAAGAAAAUGAUUUAGGAGAUUAUGAUAAUAUUGAAAUCAAAUUCAAAAGUGGCAAAAAACAAAGAACUAAACCUGCUAAUUAUGAAGAACCAACCGAACCCGAUAAAAGAGAACUUUUCCUAAAAAGAGAAGAAAUCAUAUUAUUCUUUAAUAACUCUACCAAAACCCCUAAUUUAUUAGAUGCUGAAACUAUUUACUUGGAGGAUUUAAGAGUAUACGGCAUCCGACAUCUCACCUCCAAAAAAGAAGAACGGCAAAAUAACCCUGAAAUAGAAUUAAACGAAGCCCAAUUCAUAGCCUUAGAAAGAGACAAACGGAGAGAACGGCAAAAAAGUAUUAAAGAAUUCGAAAAUAAAAAAGGCUGUUUAGGAAAACAUAUUCUAACCUAUGGCACUAGUUUCGAACAAAGAGAAGAAAAAGCCUUAGAAAUUAAGGAGAUGGAAGAGCAAGAGGAAGAUAAUGAAGUAGAACCAUCCCAAGAAAAAUAUUUAGAAAUCAAAAAAUAA